AUGUCUUCAAUGAACGACCUCACAGGACAGCCCUUUGAGCCAAACGAGCCACCCUCACCCGCUCCACCAAUAUGGGCGCAGCCCCCCUUCGACAACCCAUCCGCAAACAUCAUCCUGCGUUCCUCCGACAACAUCGAUUUCUGCGUCCACAGCAUCAUCUUGUCCGAAGCAUCUCCGUUCUUCAAGGAUCUGUUCAGUCUGCAGCAGCCUAUCGUUGACCACACCAAGAGCAACAAUACGGACGAGUACAGAGACGGCCGUCUCGUGAUCACUGUCAGAGAGGACAGUCGAACACUGGACGGCCUUCUGCGCCUGUGCUAUCCUAUUACAGAUCCGGAGCUGAAGGAUUUGCUGCUGGUGAGAGCUAUGCUGGAGGCGGCCCUGAAGUAUCAGAUGGACGAGGCGACCGCGAUCACUAGGAAGGCGCUCAGAUCCUUCGCAGAGAAGGAACCCUUGCGCAUCUGGGCUAUUGCGUGUCAGCUUCGUCUAGAAGAGGAUGCCCAUUACGCAGCCCAGUUCACACUCCAGCAGACGUCAAUCGCGGACUCUUUCCCGCAGGAGAUGCAGGAGAUUACCGCGGGGCCAUAUUUCCGAUUGCUUAAGUAUCAUCGCUUGCGCGGAGCAGUUGACAGCAAUUUCUCCUUCCUCUCUCCUCCUGGGCCGACAUGCACUGCAGAGGGACAGCAGGAGUCCAUCACUGCCGCCUCCCUGGGUUUCGUCGCCCAUCCACUGGCGGACAUUAUAUGUCGUUCAUCCGAUGGAGUCGAGUUUCGAACGCUGAAAGCCAUAUUGACUAUGGUGUCUCCGGUCUUGCACGCCUUCAUCACUAGUUUGCAGCCAACAAGUCACGAGGGGGACGCUAUACGCACCGAUUUGUCCGCGGAUAGUCUCCCCAUCUUGACCCUCGAUGAAGACAACCGCACAGUAUCUGCUCUCUUGAGACUGUGCUACCCCGUGGAAGCAGCUUCCAUGAGGAUAGAUGAUUUCAGCGUUGUUCAGAGUGUGCUGGAGGCCGCGAAGAAAUACGAAAUGGUGAUGGUGACGUUGGUGCUCAGGAAGCAGUUGGCUUCGUUCGUUGAGGUAGAGCCUCUGCGAGCGUAUUUCACAGCUGUCCACUACAAAUUUGACGAAUGUGCUAUGCAAGCGGCCGAGAAGGUUGUUCAACGCCCCGUUGAAGACGUUUAUGUUUCGGAGAUGGAAGGCGUGCCCGCCCAAACAUACCACAGACUUCUCCGGUAUUGCCAGGCCUGUUGGUCUGCCGUUGCAACAGCGUUGUCAAAAUAUCGCACGAAAUUCAUCGACGACGUGCAUGUUUCUGGUGAUGCAGCUUGUCAGGCGAUUCCUGCGGUUUACAACAGUCUACAAGCGGAAGAAAUCUCAGUCAUUGACACCUUGGAUCACCAAUGCCACUGUGGCGCUCUCUCAGCAACGGUCUAUGACGGGAAACGGCAACGGAGUAGAGUACUUCGAUAUCGAUGCAGCUGUAGAUGGAAGCGUUGGUUUGGUCAGCACCUAGAUACAACGAGUUCUUGGGAUGAGUGCCGUGCCACGGCACAAUCGCAAGACGGUCACAUUGCAACCCUCAUGAAGGCAUCCCUCAGCCUACGAACCUCACCUUGGUGCGAAUCAUGCCUACCGCUCGCUUGGCGAUUAGUGUCCUUCGCAGAUGACGUCGGGUUGCAGACCAAAAUUGCCGAAGUGCAGCUCGAGCUGUAG